GACAGACGUACCGUUGCCAAGGAAACUGUUUCCUUCACAAAGGAAAAGUUUUAGUUGACUAAUUUGUCUCGUUAAAUUAUAUUAUUAGCUAACGUUAAAUAGUCUUGUGUUUGAAUGCUACAUAGUGUUGACUGUGAAGUAGGCCUUUGAAGACCUAUGAGCCCAUCAUUUUGUAGAUACCCGCUGAGUGCUACAAAAGCUAACUUUAAAGCUACUGUAUUGUGUUCUACCAUGCUGUCAGACGGGGACAGUGGACUUGGAGACCUUGAGACCCAGCUGGCUGCAAGAGUUCAUAAACUGGAGAGUUCCCUUAAAAAGGCUCAGGAGGAGUACUCCUCCCUCAGAGAAUGUUACCAGCAACUGAGGGAAGAUUUCCAAUUCAACCUGGCCGUCCUGGAUGAACGAGACAGAGAGUUGGAGAGAUAUGAUGUCAUAACUGCGAGAACUCUGACUGUGGAGCAUAACAGGCAGGGGGAGCUGAACCAGCUGCAUAUGCAGGUUGACAGGCUGGAGAAGCAGAGAGCCAGAGAGACUGAGAAGAGGCAGGAGGAGCUCAGUAAAAAUCAGCACAAUGCUGCUCACCACAGGCGGCAGCUGGAUGAGCUCAAGCGCUCUAUGGCUGGUGAAAUUCAAAAGCAAAAGGAGGAGUAUGAGAGGAUGAAAUGGGAUUUGCAUUGCAGGAUACAAGAGUUGGAAGGAGAGAUUACCCUACAAAGACAGAUUCCGAUAAAUCCCCUCACCUCUGUACAUCAUCAUCUCCCUCAUCCUCCUCAUCCUACUCACUCUUCUCUUCCUUGCUCUCUUCAGAUGGCCCUGAUGCAGGAGAUGACCGCAGCAUUUGACAGUGAGCUCAGACAGCGGGAACAUGAGUUCAAUUUGAAAUUGGAUGAGGUGCACGCUGUGGUGCUGUCUUAUGAUAUCAAGGUGGUGCUGCUGUCUAAAGAGAUUGAAGUUCACAGCCAAGCUCAGCAUCAGAACACAGAGGCUCUCAAAGCUUCUAAUGAGUUCUGUCAGCGGAUACAAACCCAGCUACAACACAAAGAACUCGAGAUUAAAGACCUCACUGCUGUCAAGGACUACAAGUUAAAGGAGCUUGAGGACGAGCUGAAAUGUAUCAAGACCACAUUGAAGAAAGAAGAGGAUGACCACAUUAAGAAAUAUGAAGGUGUGGCCCGGGCUCUAAAGGAGUGUGAUGCUCAGCUGGAGGCUCAGUGUCAGACCCACAUAGAGCAGCUACAGAAGGCUGAGAAACGCAUUGUCAAAUUACAUGGGAAUGUGAAAGUUCUGGCUGCACAGGUAUGCUGCAUACAGAAAAAUCAUCAGGAGGCAUUGAAAAAGAAAGAUGAGACAAUCCAGAGGUACAAGGAACAACUGAGUGCUGGUUUAAAGAGAGAAAGGGCCUUAGAACAGAUGCAAGUCCAGGUUGAGCUGGAGUGCCAGAAAAGAUGUGAGGACAUGAAGGCCCAACACUACUUUGCUAAUGAGCAGCUAAUCCAAGACCUGACCCAGGCCAGAGACCAGGCUAAAGCCGAGCUAAAGGAGAAAGAACAAGGUCUGCAGGACUUGACUGUCUUACUACGUUCUGUUAAAACAGAGAGAGACCAGGCAUUACAGGGUCUCACACCAAAGGUCGAUUCUCUGGCAUCAGAAGAGAUCCAUUGUCUACAGCAGCAGAACAGCAUCCUGCGGGCUGUGGUUACCCAGAUGAGGAAGGAGAUGGAGGAUCUCAUUCAUCUCCUACCCCAUUCCCAGACCCAGCUACAUGCCUCUUCUCCUCAGCCAGUUCAGCAUCCAGAAGCGCCUCCCACCACCUCCGUCACUCCUACAGCUAACACUCAGAUGGCCACUGGACCAGCUGCCCAAUCCACUGACAUCUCUAGCAACAUCAGCCCAGCAGGUGGUCUGUGCCGGGGGAAACGUGCCAUAACCUCUGUUUUGGCGAAGCAGGAGUCUAGGGGGGCAGAGUCUGCUCUCGCCAACCUAAAGGAACAGGGUGCACUGGUGCGACAGCUGCAAGAGGAGAACCUGUAUUUGCGACGGCAACAGGCCUCAGGUUUCAUAUCUGGUGGUUUGUUUAAAGUGUGGGGUGCUAAAAGCAACCCUCCUUUCCUGCAUACCAGGCUAAAGCAGGCAGCAUCCUGUAUCGCCCGUCUGAGCAGAGAGAAACAGCAGCUGAUAGAAAUGGGCAACCGCCUUCGUGCCCAGAUCACCACUGCUGGAAUACAGGAAGCAGUGGAGCCAGAGAGGGACACCUCCAUGGAGAAACAAGAAGACCAACAUGAUCGGCUGUUUGCUUUGGAACAGCUGCAGUACCAGCUCACCACACAGGAGCUGCAGUACGCAUUGAGGCAGAGGGCUUGCACUUUGGCUGAAACCACCAACAGAUGUCCUGCCACAGAAGGGGCUGCCAACCCUUGGUCCCAGGGGCACAAACCAACAGACAGGCCUGAGAGUUCCAAGAACAAAGAGAACACAAUCAGCCAGUCACAGAGCUCGAUAGACGUGAGGCUGCAGCCCCACUCAGGUCUGUCUAGGUCUCGGUUGUCAUCAGAGGAGUCACUGUGGGAGAUACUGGACCAUGGAUUCAGUCCAUCUAUUAUCUCAGAAGGUGAGGGUGAGCUGAGCAGGAGGGAGGUGACUGAGUCUAGUGGGGAUGGAGUCCAGAUGAUGUUGCAUGGAAUCGGUGCUAUCUUCCAUAGCCAGCCCCCAACCGAGGUCCAGCAGAGAAGGAACCCCUCUAAAACACCGUCAAACACUACCAAGACCAGCAGACCUGGAUCCACUGGCAGGAUCUGCAAGAUCAGAAACUACAAUGUUAAAGACUAACACAUUAUAGUAUAUACAGUACAAUUAGUUUGUUGGUCCGGGGGAGUCCUACUUAGUAUUGUAUACUUUUUAUAAAUAUAAAUAUUUAUAAAAAAAUAUAUAAAUAUUUAUAAAAACAGAAUAACAUUUUCAAGUCAAGUCUGAGAAAAUAACCAUGAUUAUUUCAUAGUGGUCAUCAGGAUUAUCUCUAAAGCACAAACUACUAGACAAAUGCACUCUAAAUCAAGAAUUGCCUCAAAUACCAAAACAUAAUGUUCUUAAAUACAUUUCAGAAUAAAACUUAUGGUAAGAGCAUAUUUUUAAUAUUUUACUGCUUCUUCCAAAAUCAGAGUUCAUGUGUCUGAGCAGUUAAGGGACCACAAUUAAAAUAGACCUAUAGGCUUCAAGUGUAUGAUUGUGUAUGAUCCUCAAUAUUUUAAUGUAUUGUUUAAAGCCCUUCUGUAUGUUUUAUUGUAUUGUAGUAAACACACCUUUUUUGUUUUGUUUUCCCAAAUUAAAACAGUUCCAAGAUGUGUAAGUCAAAUAAUCUGUUAAUUGAUUGAACUCAAUUGCUAUACAUUCAAAAAUGGGACAGCGACCCAUCGGGGGAAAAGGAGCUAAUGUCUGCCCCAAAGUCAAAUAAAGUUGCUGAUGGGGUCUCCCUGUGGUUUAUAGUUAAAGCACCCACCAAGAACUGCAAUGUCACACUGGGGACCUUUGUUGUAUGUCAUCCCCAAUCUCUCUUUACCCAAAGCGAGGGUUAAAAAGGAGAGUGAUGGGCUAUAUAAAUAAAAUUGACUUGACUCCCCUACA